GAGAAGAUCCAGCUGGACAACGCAUUUGGUCCACUCCUGCGAGGAGAGGAGAACGCCGAGGGACAGGAACUGCGCCCCAGCGAAAGACACCCUAACCUGGGGUGCGCCCGCUAGCUCCUUUCCCAAGGUGAACACCUCCAAGAGGUGAGGUGCAAAUCCCAGUGACAUCCACAUCCGGAGGUGUCUUCCCUCCAGGUCGCCACUCCGUCUCAUGUGAUACCCCAAUCCCCGCAGCCUCUGCUCAGUCAGGGACCAAGAAUCGGGAAUCCUACCCCUCCUCGGCUUUCCAGUCCCCUAACCCGAGAUGAGAGGACGCGCGCCCGGGCUGGGACAGGUCUCAGGCGCAUUUUCACAGAUAGCACUCCCCCCGUCCGGGAGCAACCCGUUCCAGCAGCCCCCUUCCUGCCCCAUCAACGCGGCCGCACGGACGAGGUCUGGAGGCGACGCCCUGGCAGGGGCAGGAACCAAGUCACAAAUUCAGGUUCCAGGCUGCGGUGCCUCCAGGCGGGAAGAAAACCGCAGGUGGGUGGAGGAUGCGGUGCGCGGGAAUUUCCCUACGGACGCUUGCUGUUUUCCGCUCACCUUUCAGGAAGGUGCCCCUCUACCUGCGCCCUCCCCGGCGACGUAGAGCUAGCCGGAGAGCUCAGCUACGCGCUGGCUCCCUCCGCCCGCGCCCACACACUCCAGGCCCCGCUUACCGUCCCCUGCCCGGUCCUAGAGGGCCCAGAGGGUAUCUCCUGAAACCAACUCGCCUUCUUCGAGCCAGCCCAGACGCAUCUCGAGAGUGGCGGGAGGCAGCGCAGCCAGAAUACCCCAGAGGAAAAAGUGGGCGUCGGAGGACCUUGUCCCAGCGACUCCCCCACCGCACCGAAGGAGUCCCGGGACUGCACGGAUCUGAGCCCUUACCUGCCUCGGCGCCUCCUCUCUGUGCGCUCUGCGGCCCCGGAAGCCGGAUCGAGGGUCACAGGGUGGUUGGGCACCGGCGGGCCGCUUGGUUUUCGCCUCGAGGACCGGGACUUGCACUUGCAGAACCGCUGCGUGGGGGAUGUCCCUCUUUUUUCCUCGCCCUGGGGCGCUUCCCCAGCGCGUCGCGGUCUCUGGGUUCCAGCUGGAGUUGGCGCUCGCCCCCGCAGCUCUUUCCUGUGGCUUGGACCUGUGAGCCCCGCCCCGCGCUCGACUCCGCCCCGGGGUCCCCGCCAGCCUCCGAACCGAGGCCGAGGGUGGGUGCCCAGCUCCCGCACCCCACGGCGUGCUCUCGGGCUGGUGCGUCCAGGGCGCCUGGCACCGUAGCUCUGGCCUCCCUGAUGCGGGGCCCGGGACAGCGGGGGCCACCCCUCUCAGGGAUUUCAGCGCCUUCGCCUGCAGUCUGAAUCGGACCACAGUAGCCGGGUUUCGACCGUGAGCUUGCGAACAGCGAGCACCGCCCUCUGCUGCCAGCCGUGGCACGGCACCCGGGUCGCGGGCGCAGGAGCGGAGCGUACUGUCUUCCGGAGGUGCCCAGUGCCAGCGUCCGCGCCUACUACAAGGUGACUCUUUCAAGGAAAGCCCGGCUCCGACGAGUGCAGUGUGGGCCUUUCGGAGAUGGCGGUGAAGGAGGAGGCCCCAGGAGGAAGCUGGGAAUGGGGUCAGCUUGCCCCGCUCAAAGCCCCUGAAGUCCUCACUCAAACUUUUGGGAUGACCACCGCUAUCAGAUUCCAGGGCCAUAUCCCAGGAGUGCCUCAGCCCAUCUGUCCGAGAGUCCGGAGCCCUCCACUUUGCUUCUAACAGGCUCGAACUCCUCCCACGAUCUCCCUGGUUAAACACAGGAACUGCCCAUUCAAAUGACUGGUGCCCAGGAAGCUCUGGGUGUACAGGAUUGGACCUGUGGCAGGACCCUGAAGGUCUAAAAAGGUGUUUCCCAUUGUUAAACCCCAGCCAGCGGAUAAUUGGCAGGUCAGAAUAUAGACUCCACUAUGUCAGAACUUCCCUUUUUUUUUUUUUCCCCAAGGGAAUCUGAAAUUUGAGAACUUAAAAAAUACUCUUUGUGUUUGUUAAAGCAAAAUCCUUGUUUUGGCUAAAGAGAACUUGUCUCAGACUGAACACAGUCCACAGGACUGCCAAUUAAAAAAUUUGUGG